CCGUCCGGCCGGUUUCCCGCGGGAGAGGAGGCGCGCGGAGCCGGAGCCAUGCGGCCGUCCGGGCUGCCCGCCGCCCUGCUCCUGGCCUGGGCACUCCUGGGCCCCGGCGGCGCCCGGCAGUGCCCGGCGGGCGGCCCCGGCCGCGUGCUGCGCUUCAGCGAGGCGCACGCCGACAUCCCCGUGCCGGCCCUGCACCGGCUGCCCGGGCCGCUCGACCCCCUCUACGGCCUCGUGCGCCGCUGCCUGGACCUGCUGCAGCAGAACCCGCUGCCCGCAGAGCUGCUCCGGGCGGCCCUGCACGACCCGGCCUCGGUGCGGAUGUCCCAGGUGCUGCGGUACGAGCUGGGCUACGUGGUGUGCGCCGCGGCCGCGCUGCUCUUCGCCCUGGCCGUGCCGGGGACCGGCGCCUGCCUCUGCUACCGCCGCGGGCGACGGCGGGGGGGGGGCCGCCCGCCCGGCCCCCGGCGCUCCCGGCGCUGCCGCCGCCGCUGCCUCCUCGCCUGCCUCGCCGCCACCUCCCUCGUCAGCCUGGCCGCCGUGAGCUGCGCCUUCGUCACCAACCAGCGGGUGACGGAGCAGAUGGCGCCGGGGCUGGGGGCCGUGCCGGCCACGCUGCGGGCGCUGCAGCAGCACAUCGGUGCCAUCCCCCAGGGGGUGCGGAUGGUGGCGGAGCGGUUCAGCGUGCCCCGGGAGCAGAUCCUGGCCGACCUGGGCGAGGUGAGCCGGAGCGUGGGGGUCUCCAUCCACUCGCAGCUGAAGGCGACGGUGUACGCGGCGCUGGAGGACCUGCAGGCCAGGGCGGAAGAGCUGCGGAGCUCGCUGCGGCACCUGGGCGCGCUGGAGCGGACGGCGCGGGCGCUGGCGGCGGCGCGGGCCCGGCUGGAGCCGGCGCUGCGGGAGCGGCGGCAGCGGGCCGUGGAGCUGCUGGACGACCCGCGUUGCGCCGCCUGCGCCGCCGCCCUGGGCCCGGCCCGAGCCCUGGAGCCGGGCGCCGACUACGCCAAGGUGCCGUCGGUGGAGCCGGUGCUGCGGGCGCUGGCGGGGCUGCCGCGCGGCGACCUCCCGGCGAUGCUCGGCCAGGCCAACGGCACCUUCAACGCCCUCCCGGAGCUGGCGGUGCAGAGCAUGGCGCAGCUCACGCGGGAGCUGCGGGACGAGACGGCCGAGGCGGCGGCGAGGGCGCGGGGCAUCGCCGAGGCCUUCCCCCCCCCCGGCUACGCGCGGCCCCUGCGCGAGGCUCUGCGGGCGGCCGAGGAGCGCAGCCGGCCCUACCUGCGCCAGGCGAAACGCCUCGAGCGCUGCAGGUGGCUGGCGGGCACGGCACUGUGCUGCGCCGUCCUCCUCGUCGGCGCCUGCAACGCGGCCGGCGUGGCGCUGGGCGCCGGUGGCCUCCGCCGGCGCGGUGACGGUGACGGCGACGGUGACGGUGACGGCAGCAGCGAGGCCGGCGCCUGCCUCCUCCAGCUCGGCGCCGGCCUGGCCUUCCUCGCCGCCGGCCUCCUCAGCCUCCUGGUCUUCGCCACCUUCCUGGUGGGCGGCAACGUGCAGACGCUGCUCUGCAGGAGCUGGGCCAACCGCGAGCUCUACCGGUUCCUCGACACCCCCGGCAACCUGCCGCCCUCCAUGGACCUCGGCCGGCGGCUCAACCUCCGCCGCGGCUACAACCUCAGUGCCGCGUACCACGCGUGCCGGGGCGGCGCGGGGCUCUGGGAAGUGCUGCAGCUCAACGGCUCCUACGCCCUGGACGAGCAUCUCCAGGCCUCCAAGUACGUCGCCGGCUUCCAGAAGCGCCUGGGUGCCUUCAGCGCCCGGCUGGGCGAGGUGCGGCUGCUGGGCGCCGAGGACCGCCGCGACCUGCAGAGCUUCGCCGCCGCCGGCGCCGACCGCGUGGACUACGGGCGCUUCCGCGGCGAGAUGCAGCUGCCCGUGGUGAGGACCAGCCUGGCCGGCCUGGCCAGCGCCCUGGAGCGGCUGCAGAGGCUGCAGAGGAACGGCACGGUGGCGGGGCGGCUGGCCGCCGAGGCCCAGGCGCUGCGGCGGAUGCACAACUCCACGGUGCGGGCGCAGGAGGCUCUGGUGGCCGAGCUGGGCGAGAGCGUCCGGUUCCUCUCCGCGCUGGCGCCUCACCUCCAGGCCCGGGUCAACGAGACGCUGGCGGCCACGGCCUCGCUGGAGGCAGCGCUGCCGGCCCAAGCCCAGCGGCUGCUGCGGCAGGAGCUCGGCUGCUUCGCCAGGAAGGAGCUGGGCUACGUGGCGCGGUACCUGCACUGGGUCGGGCAGACGCUCCGGGAGGAGGUGGCCUCGUGCCAGCCGCUGGCCACGGCGCUGGACAACGGCCGCGUGAUCCUGUGCGACCGCAUCGCCGACCCCUGGAACGCCUUCUGGUUCAGCCUGGGCUGCUGCACCCUCUGCCUCGUGCCCAGCAUCGUCUUCGCCCUGCGGCUCGCCGAGCACCUCCGUCCCCCCCGCAGCCGGCUCAUCUCCACGGGCUCGGAGGAGACGUGCGCCCUGCGCAUCCCCCGCGUCACCGCGCUCAAGCUCUAGGCCGGGCGCUGGGCUGAGACCUGGGCCGCUCGUCACACGUCCCGCGCGCUCCCGCCCGGCGCUGGGGCCCCGGGGGGCUCCGGAACUCCUGGGCCCCCCCAGCGCCCCGCGGGGUCCCCGAGCAGCCGGCCGGGAGCUCUCGCCACGGAGGGGUCCGCGAGCCCCUCGGCUCCCCGUGGGCUUCUGCGCUGCUGGGGGGGACCCGGCCCCCCCGUGGGGAGCCCCGCUGACCCCCCCGAGCCCCCGGCGCUGCCUGCUUCGCUCUGCUGCUGGCAUCCCCCUGCGGUGCCCCAGGGCCGGGGGGGCUCCAGGGCCGGGAAAAGGCUCCCGGGAUGGGGGAGGGCACCGGAGCCGUGGCUGGGGGG